AUGGCCGCAGGUGCCUUUGCUGGUAUCGCCGAACAUACCGUCAUGUACCCAAUCGACGCGAUCAAGACGCGCAUGCAGCUUGUCAACUCUGGCACCGCGUACAAAGGCAUGAUCGAGGGAACAGUCAAGAUUGCCUCGGGAGAGGGUAUCCUAAAGCUAUGGAGAGGAAUGUCCAGCGUGGUGGUAGGAGCCGGUCCGGCGCACGCUGUAUAUUUUGCCACGUACGAGGCCGUCAAACAUGCCAUGGGAGGUAACCAGGCGGGACAACACCAUCCCCUGGCUGCUGCAACCAGCGGAGCGGCCGCAACAAUUGCCAGCGACGCCUUUAUGAACCCCUUUGACGUCAUCAAGCAGCGCAUGCAGAUUCAAAACUCUAGUAAGAUGUACCGGUCUAUGCUAGACUGCGCACGAUACGUCUACAAGAACGAGGGCCUGUCGGCCUUCUACGUAUCUUAUCCCACCACCUUGUCCAUGACCGUCCCCUUCACAGCUCUGCAGUUCCUGGCCUACGAGUCGAUAUCCACGAGCAUGAACCCCGACAAGAAAUAUGACCCACUUACACACUGUACGGCCGGUGCCGUCGCCGGUGGUUUUGCCGCUGCUUUGACAACCCCGAUGGACGUUAUCAAGACCAUGUUGCAGACGCGAGGAUCAGCAGCCGAUGCCGAACUUCGUUCCGUCAAUGGAUUUACGGCCGGAUGCAGACUCAUGUAUCAAAGGGAGGGCCUGAGAGGCUUCUUCAAGGGAAUGAAGCCUAGAGUUGUGACGACGAUGCCCAGCACCGCCAUCUGCUGGUCCGCCUAUGAAUUCUCAAAGGCGUACUUUAUCCGGAGAAACACUGCUUAA